CUUUGUUAUCAAUUAUUUCGUAAACGAAUUUCUAAACUUUAAAAAGUUCUAUCCUUUGCCAAAGUUUUAACAUAAUCAAGUUCAUUAAUUAAUUCAAUUUGCAAAAAGGUUAUUCGCAAAUAUGUCUCAGAGAAGUACUGUGGUCAAGUUAUACAAAACGCUCCUUCAUUUGGGUAAAGAUUAUCCUCAAGGGUAUGAUUUCUUUCGCUCCCGUUUGAAGAACGCAUUCUUAAAGAAUAAAGAUGUUCAAGAUCCCAAACAACUCGAUGAGCUCAUUAAAAAAGGAGAUUAUAUCGUCAAAGAACUGGAAGCUUUGUACAUGUUGAAAAAAUAUCGAACUCUGAAAAGAAGAUAUUAUGAUUGAAUACACCUUACCAAUGACCCUUUUUUCUCAUACCCCUCUGUAUAGUAAGUAAUCUCAUCGUUGUCAAGUUACCAUAGUAAAGUCUGUACAUUUGUAUUCAGUAUUUUAGUACAUUUUUAAUUAUUUAUAUUUCUUGCAAUUUGUGAUAUUAUGUGUUGAUCUUGCCCUAAUAAUCGAAUAAAGUAGUAUCAUACGAGCA